UGAAGAUGAAGCUGAAGCUCGCGCUCGGAUUUCGUAAAAGUAAAACUUUCAAAGAAAUAGGACCUGACUAGAUAGAGUUUGAAGGAGUUUCGAAAGAGCAUGACGAUGACUCUAUCUCGACGAAGCACUAUAAUUUCGGACUGAACUCGCACAAAGCAACAUAAGCAUACCAAAACGACGACGACUCAAGACAUGAAGUUACACAUUGUUGCCUCUGCCCACAUUAUUGCACCAUAUGAAGCUUACCGCUAAUUACACGCCUGUCAUUCAUCUAGGAACACUACGGUAUUCACGUCUAUCUUUCCUCUAUUUACAAAUGGCAUUAUCGCAAUCCUUACACUUAAGCUUAAGCCGAGCGACGCAGACGCUCACAGCAUACAAAGAUUAUCAAUCAGUUGUUAGCUAUUCGCUUUCCCUCGUUUUACUCUCUGCAGUUACUACAAUUUUUUACAAACAUUCAAAAUGGUAUAGGGAUACAUGAUCUCCGUCUAAUAGUACUAUGAAGAAUUGCAUCAACAAUCAACAUUGAUUUCAUUUAGCGUACUAGUUCGUCUUCGUUUUCCACCACAAUUAUGAUGGCAUGACAUAUGUAAAUGUAAAUGUAUUAUGUAAGAACAUAAAUGUGAGUCAGGAGUUUGAGACGAUGAUGGCUAAGCGUAUGUUUUUGAAAAGAAACAUAAAAAAAAAAGAUGAAGAAAACCAAUCAUGAUCAUGCUUCAUGUUCAUGAUAAGCUAAUAACGUUAAUAAAGAAAGAGUACAACGUCGUCA